AUGACCAAGACCUUCUACGAGACAUGGGAGUCCAAGACACUUCAAGUAGCCACGUUAUCUCGUACGAUAUCAACCACCAUCGAAACAGUGAUCGUGGAAGCGUAUUCUACGUCGACAGGAGAGGUUGUGGUCGAAGGCACGAAGACGGAGUUGACAACCGUUGAGGCUGUCAGUUCGGGUGUAGACUGUUCGGAGGCAGGAAAGUGUUGCGCUGCUUGUUCAGCUACAGCUGAGUCUAUCGGCGUUGAGACGACGACUUCAACUCUCGUGGGAACAUACACGACUGUCGAGGAGUAUGUGUCUUCUGCCGGGGGCUCAUGGGUGCCAGCCGAGUCUCCCUCUGGGACUGCAGUCGCCCCUGGCACGGAGGGCUCAACUCCCACAGCCUCAGACACACUUACAGAGACAACAACACUAUCUGCAUCGCACGCGGAGUCGGAGACAGCCGGUCCAACGUCCGUCCAGACUGCGGGAGCCGCCCAUGUGACGGCAGCUGUAGGAAUAGGGGCUAUUUUCGGUCUAAUGGGUUUGUUGGCUUGA